GGAGGGGCAGCUGAUCGGUGGUGGUCGUUACUGGCCGAAGGCGGGAGCGGACCUCGUGUUCCUUCGGGCCGGCAGCCAGGCGGGCGCAAACGAUCCCCAGAUAAGCCUGAAACAACACCUCUCUUGUAACUCAUCUCAGCCCAUGAGUGACCCAAAGGCUACAAGGGGGAGAGAUCUCUCUAGCAGGUCCACUGUAGCAGACGAUUUUUCCAGCAGAGGUUCUGGAACUUUGAAAUCCAAGCUGAUGCCCUUCUCUGCUGGGAUGGCAGCUGGACUAGUACACAAAGAGCUUGUCUCCAGUAGCUCUUCCUUGAUGAAAUGUCCUCAUUCUGUGACUGAUGACCUUGGAAAUGGCAUCAGAAACCAGGCAGAGGAGGACAAGGUUGCCAGAACCAGCUUUGCAGAAGCACAACACGGUCUAUCCCACCAAAGGGAGGAAGGUGAAGAAAUGACUUGCCAACAGUCAAGACCCUCCAUCAACAUGGUUCCUCUUCGUGAGGCAGCCUUAAUUCCUAAGAAACGGAAACUUGUGCUGCACAUUGAUUUGAACAAUACCAUCCUAGUCUCUGAUGCUGUCACUGGUCAGGACCCGAGAGCUGCUCUAAACUGUUAUUUGAGUACUGUGACCUGGGGAAAGAUCAGCCCUAAAGGUGAGUGGCAGUGGCUCAGCAGUUCCCCCUCACUGCUGCCCCCCUGCCCUGGUUCAGUGAGUUUUUACUCUCAGUAUGGCCGAAGCACCAGCUUCACUGAGACACCCGAAGGGCAGAAGUUCCGGGACCUUCACAGGCGCCACCUGAAGCUGCUGGAAUGGCCAGGCCAGCCUCACCCACUGCUCUCCAUCAAAGGUGAGCAGGCCAAGCACUACCACUUAGUGCUGCCAUCCUUCUUCUACCUCUUGGAGAGCCUGCACCGGGAAGGGAGGCAGUUUGCCGUCAUCUUCCGCACCUUCGGUACAGACCUGCCUCGCCUCCUGCCAGCAGUGCAGUGUGCCCUGGAGGGGCAGCACCCCCACUUCCCCACUCUGCAGAACGUCUCGUUGCCUGUGAACCUCACUCCUGGAAAGAUACGGUGCAGCAAGAGGAAGGUGGUGUUGACCAAUGGAACAGAGCGGCUCUCCACUGAAGAUGGUGGCAGGAAAAUGUAUAUGUACUUCAGCUCCAGGGAAGGCCUCUGUGGCUUCCAGGACCACUUUGAUUGGUGGGCCAGAAAUCAGUUCUCUAACCAGGGUGGGAAGCCCCUUUGGAUUGAUCCUCAUGACUCAAGCACUCACCACAUCUGUAUCGAUGACAACAUUCGGCUAAAUGAUUCUGACACCAUCGUCCACCCUCAGGUAUUCUCAAGUCAGGGAAGUAGCUGUUUCCGGACAACUCCCACGUCAGAACUGUAUGACAUUUGUUUGGUUCAAACAGACCUCCUGGAGGCGAUUGCUGAUGUGAACUAUUUUUGCCACUGCGUAAGAAAGUGUGAGGAGAAGUAUGAGCAGUACUUGGCUGGGGCUGAGGAUUGCACCAAGUAGGUUUGAUUGAGAGUCUUUCUAGAGAAGUCCUGCAUGGUUCAGUGCUUGCCAGGGAAGAAGAGAGUCUUCUGCUUUCAAUUUGUGUGAGUGUGUGUGCGUGUGUGAGGAGGGGGUGUCCUUAGCCAAUGGACUUCCCAGCUGGGCUGUUCCCCUUGCACACCUCUCAGAGGUGGUGUUGUUUCUUCAACUUCCCUGUCAGUGCCAGACACUCCUUUGGAACUGUCAGCAAUGCCAGGAAGCAUUCUGGGCCACUUUCUCUGGUGCUGCCUGAACCAGAGCACCUGAACAGCGAUGCUUUCCUCUUAUGUAUAUUUGGAAGGGGUGGGGUGGCUCAUGGAGACUUCCUUGCUGCAGCAGUGGCCGAGCUUCAUCUCAGAAGAGAUGACAACCAGCCCAUAGGCUCCUCACUGCAUUGUGCCUAGCUGCGGUGGUAGCAAAAUGGCUGGUCUCGUCACACAGCCCAGCUUUCCAAUCGUUAAAAGCAACUCCAGCUGCCAUCAUUUGUUCAUUGGCUGUGAUGGCUGCUCACCCCCCUCAUGAGGCCCGGUGCUAAGUAAGCCCGUGUGGGAAAGGUUACAAGGACUGAGGGAUGCUUCUGGUAGAGCUGUGGGGGCGACUAAAUAAGUUUCAAAGGAUCAUGAACUCUCACUUUUCUCCUACCCAUUUCCACUGCAAGAUUUUCUAGUAGUCUUGUUUACAAGCUUCCACAAUGUUUUGUUUCAGAAAUAAGUGAUCAAGCGCAAAUACCUUCUCACGCUCCACAUUGAUCUGCACAGUUCAAUUCCACUUCCCUAGAAUGAAGCAAGACCUAAUUAUGCUGGAGGGACUGGGACCUCUUGAGUUCUGCCUGCUGAACAAUCCAAGCCCUCCCCACUGCCUCUUGGAGAACACUGAAAGUGGAAUGCAGGCUGCUGUGGCUCUUUUGUAAAGAGCACUUCUCGCCCACAGGGCCCCUCCUACCCCAGCUGGAGAGGCAAACUCUGCCUAUUCUUGUGGCUGGGAGGUCAGGGCUCUCCUGCUUGAAAUAAUAGUUGGAGAGAAUACCUUUACUUCCCCAACAGUGGGAGGCCGAGCCGAGCCCGACUCUUUCGCCAAGAGAUCAGCAGAAAGCAGACUGCGGUGCAGUGUCUGCAAGCCGUUGUUCUAGCCCAUUGUUUGCCUCUUAAGGAUGCAUGCCGUCCCCCCCCCCCCCCAGAGAACCGCUGGACAAAUGUGGUAGAAGGUGGGAAGGAGGGCCGUGACCCACACUGCGAUUCUAAAAUCAGGAAUACUGUGGUGCACAGGAUGUUAGCACAGCGGCUGUACCAAAAAUACAUAGUGAUUUGCAGCACAUGGCUGAAUGGUCACACCGUUCAAUAGGCAAGGUAAAAGAGCGCCAGGGAUUUGCACAGAUUGCCCUAUUGAUCAGCACAGCCAGCUCAGUUUUAUUAUGUAAAUGUAUAACUUCCCUUUUAGCUUAGGUUUGUUACAGGAUCUGAGGAAAAAAAGAAUAUCUAACUAGAUAUGCAAUUGAUUAAGAGAUGCCAGAUAUCUCAAUACCUCUGAAAGGCAAUCAUGGCUUUAAAAUGAUUCAAGGCACCCAGAAGAAAGGCAUUUCACUCUUAAUAGUGAAGUGGAACCUCCUUGUUCAGCAAUGGGGUGCGUCUGCAUACCCAGUGCUGGGCGUAACCAUGCAAGAUGGUUGCUGCUUCCAUGCCCUAAUUGUGCACUUCCCAGAGACAUCAUUUUGGCCAGGCUUGGCACCAAAGCCUGGAUUAGCUGAAUCCGUGGUUUGAUCCAGCAAGGCUGAUGUUCUUUGAUGGCCCCCUGGAAAAAGGAUGUUCCUGUUGCUGGGGAGCAGCCAUGAAGUGGCUCUUUUUGAAUGAUUUUCAUAUUUAGGGCAUUGAGACCACAGUCAAGAACAUUGUGAAUGAGGCCAAAGGAAAGUAAUGGUCUCCAAAAUAUAUAGAACUCAAGCUGCUUCAGGCUGGAAAAGAUCCUCAAACAGAGAGCAGGCCUAAGCCUUCUACCUGUGCUAUUUUAUGUAGAUGGGGAAUGCAGAGAAAAGAUCAUUUGGAACAUCUUCUCAGCAAGCUGUGGCCUCACUUUUUUAUUUAUUACAUUUCUAUACUGCCCAAUAGCUGAAGUUCUCUGGGUGGUUUGCAACAAUUAAAACUAUAAAAUAAAACAUGAUAACUUACACUAUAAAAUUUUAAAAAAAUAAAAUUACAAAUCAACUACCAAACUAAAAACUAUAAAUCAAAGCAGUAACCAAAUAAAACUUAGCAGCAUUGCAAAUAUUUAAAAUGUGGUAAUAGUUUUAAACCAACUGAAAUGUCUGGGGAAACCAAAAAGAGAGAAGUGUAGGUGCCAGGUAAGCUUCUCUGGGAGGCUUAUUCCACAACUCGACUGCCACAACAAAGAAGACCAUCUCCCUUUCUUUGGUGGCGUCACCUGGAGAAGGACCACUGAAGGGGAUUUUAAUGCAGAGCCCGGAGCUUAUAGUUUCACCUUGGUCAUAUCUGGGCCUGCUCCUGCACCCACACACGGAAAAUAUGAAUUUCAGGGCUCCAUGCAGCGUUUGGUAUGUCUUAGAGUGGCUGUGGGAUUCCUUCACUGCCCCAUGUCCAGCUCAUCCCUGCACACACUGCUUCAGUGCACCUCCUCCAUGGUGGCCUGGCGAAUAUCUGGCUGAGUGGUGAUGCUGUCUCGUGACUAGUGGCGAAGCAAUGGAUGGUAACAUGCAGGAGCCUAUGAGAGCCCCACAGCCAUGCCCCAAAGGACAGUCCCGUGGUGUCCAUAAAUGUUUCCCAUGGGCCAAAACCCAUACAGAUGCGGUCGUGCAAAUUCACCCACUGCAAGUAGGACCUCAGCUUUGGUUGGAAUCUAAUCCCUGGCCUCACAGGAGUAUUUUGGGAAGGAAUGUGACUGUUGUUCAGCCAUUUGCACACUCAGAAAGUGUCAUGUAAAUGAUACUGGAUGACUGAUUGCAUUUAACCAUUUUGUUAUUUCCUCCACAAAAUGGUUCAGUACACUGAUGGGGGGCAUUGGCUGCUCUAUAUUCUAUUUUGAAACUGCACCUUAUGGCAAGAUCCAACAGCUACAUAUCAAUUGAUAAAUGUAUUAAUUAUGGCACUGUUCUGCCGUAACACCUGAGAUGGUCGCCUGUUUACAUGUAACAAGCGCAUGCUACAAAAACUGAGAGAGAGCUCUUUAUAGUCUGAGGGAAGGUCUCCUUGGGGGUGGGUGGCAGGAGUUCCCCUGCCUGGGCUGCUUUACUAUUGACUUCCCUCGAUGCAUAGGGGUCUAUAGCGGCCCCAAGCAAGAUGGGGUGGGGGGCUGCCCCAACAAGCCAGCAAUGCAGAAGGGAUUUAUUUGCACAAAAGAAACUAAACAAAGCAUCGCACAAUGCCCCUCAUCUCUUUUGUUUUGAGGAUGUAGAAAGAAAAGGCUCGCUGGUCUCUGCAAAUGCGAAGCCUGUCACUCCCCACCCCGGUCUCCCCACCGUCAGCAGUUCUUUGGCACACUGGUCUGUCCUUCCACCUAUUUCUCAUCCUGACAAGUGAAUGGCAGCCCUCUCCCUGAUGCUUCUCCUUGUCAAUUAUGAAUUCAGUUGCCAUCGAGACUGAGGGACUGAGGCAGCUGGAGCUUUGGUUCUGCAGCCCGCUGUAUGAGACAUCUGUACAGAGCUGGCAUUCUACAGCUUCGUGGCUCUUAUGCAAGAUGGAAUUUCAAGGCUUGUGCUGUUGCUGAAGUGCUCCCUUGGCAGGUGGACCCACUCAUCUCCUAGGCCUUCCUGUGCCGAAAUGAUGGCUUUCUUUUUACUUAAGGGGCAGUUAAUCUAGAAUAAGCACCAGUCCCCUGGUUCUAUAUCCUCAGCUGUUGCACAUCCAAGAUGCUUGAACAUGAACUAUGAACUAUUUUAUUUCUGCAUCCUUUUAUAUUCACAUUCAGCAAGGAAGUGUUGACAGAUGUGCCCCAUGCACAUUUGAACACAACUGUGGAAUUCGGAAUGUUCUUGGGGGGCAACCCUGUGCAUGGGGAGACAUUUUUUGAGUCCUCACACGGAGAGAUUGCACUUUUAGUGAUUAUGAAUAAAAAGAUGAAGAUGGUCAUUAUUCCAGACCACAUUUGUCCAUCUGUUUGUUCUUCAGUAAAAUAGGGUGAUGAUCAUGAUGUACCAUAUUUUAAUGGCUCUCUAAAUGUGGGCACACAUUGAAAGUGAUGAUGGGGAAUCUGUUUUUUCAUCAUCCUGUUUAUGACCUCAUGGAAUGAAUGGAACUAUGUUGAGCACUGUCUGUAUUUUUGAGCCUGGUCCUAUACUUUUUGAAAACAAAUUAUUCCAUCAGGCACUUGAACUUACUUGACUUGAUCUUGGUUUAUGUGAAUACUGUUUGAAAAAUGUAUUGUGCUAAUGCAUUAUUAUUGGUGUCUUUUAGCUUUUUACAUUCUAAGCUUGCUCGUGGUGUUUCCUUAAGUUUCUUUUAGGAAAAAAAGCUGAGGUUAAAGUAUAAUAAAAGUAAUUUUGGGGAA